UGAAGUAAUGUGUCAUCCUGUGAAUUGUGCCCCAGUCAACUGUAAAAACCCGUUCCAAGCUCCUGGAGAAUGUUGCCCCACAUGUCUCAAGAGGUGCUUACUUCAUGGUGUUCUCUUUGACCAUGGAGAAGAGGUCAGUCCCAGAGAUUGUGUGAAGUGUGAAUGUAAGAAUGGAAAUAUGGCAUGCAACAAAAUUGACCCUGAAGUUUUAUGUCCAAAACUAACUUGUCCUGUUGAAGAACAGUUUAGUGUACCAGAAGAGUGCUGCAGGUUUUGUCCAGGAACAGACUUUUGUGCAAAGGGGUAUGAUUGCCAUGCCAAUGCUUCUUGUGUUAACCUUCCAACCCGUUAUACUUGUCACUGUGACACUGGUUUCCAUGGUGAUGGAAAGAAUUGUAUAGAUGUCGAUGAAUGCCAGAAAGAGGGAGACCAUAAUGGUCAUCACUGUCACAAGAAUACUCAGUGCAUUAAUGUCCCUGGAUCAUAUAUCUGUGAAUGUGUUCCAGGGUAUCGAAGGGUAGAUGCUUUCAGCUGUGCUGAACACGAUGAGUGCACCACACAGGAUCAUGAGUGUGAUCAAAAUGCAAUGUGUCUAAACACAGAAGGAAGCUACAAAUGUGAAUGCCUAGAAGGAUAUCAAGGAGAUGGAUAUACUUGUAAACCUUUUUGUAAUCAAACCUGUUUAAAUGGAGGUCAAUGUGUGGCACCUGAUGUUUGUUCUUGUCAUCAGGGUUUUACUGGACCUAGCUGUGAAAUAGAUGUGGAUGAAUGCAGUUUGGGUCUUCACCAAUGCUACCCUAAUUCACAGUGUAUCAAUAUGCCAGGGUGGUACUAUUGUGACUGUAUUCCUGGAUAUCAAAGCUAUUUAGUAGAUAACAAACUUGGAAUUAUGUGCCAAGACACCAAUGAAUGUCUUCAAGAUUCUCACACAUGCCACAGUACAGCUAUUUGUAUUAAUGAAGAUGGUGGAUUUCGAUGUGAAUGUAAUAACAAUAAUACCUGUUCUUUAGGUUGCAUAUACCAUGGAACAGAGAGGGCUAAUGGAGAUACCUGGUUUGUAGAGGGUGACAUCUGUUCACAGUGCACAUGCACCAAUGGUGUAGUCAGCUGCAACAAAUUUGAGUGUGACUGUAACAGGCCUGACGUAAACCUAGACUGUUGCCCAGAAUGUGACCAAACCUCAUACUGUCAUCAUCAGGAAGUCACCAGAAAAUUCCAUAAUGGAGAGCAGUGGAUUUAUCAGUGCCAAAUCUGUGAAUGCCUAUACGGAGAAGUUGAUUGCUGGCCAGUUGAUUGCCCUCCAGCCAUGUGUGACCAUCCAGUUCAACAACCUGGUGAUUGCUGUCAUCGUUGUGAGGAUGAUCCUUGCAGUUCUCAGACCUUCAGCAGUGAAGAAAUCAGUGGCAAUGGUACUUCAAACCUCCAAGGUGGACGUGGUUGUUUCUACAAAGGUCUUAUGUAUCGUUAUGGGGAACGAGUCCCUAUUGGUGAAGACCCCUGUACUUCUUGUUCUUGUAAGAAUGGAAAACUUUGUUGCACAUAUACUCCUUCUUGCAAUGACAACACUGUCCACUCUGCUCUUCUCAACCAUAAAGACUUACACAAUACUUUUGAGCAAAGCACCGAUCCCAUUAGGAAGAUGGAAGUCUUGCAUAAUAAUGCAAAAUUGGAUCUUCAAAUCUACGACGAUAAAGAGGGAUCAUCUGAACAAUCAACAUCUAGUUUGUCAGACUACAAUGUUGUGGGAAAGAGAGUUGCUAUGGUGGAGGAGCACCUCACAGAAUCUACAGUAAAGAAUCUUGCCACUCCUGACAUAGAAGACACUCCAACAAUUUUCCAAUGGUCCAGUGUUGAAAAUGGGAAAACUUUGGGAAUUUCAGUGCUAGCAACUGAGUCCUCUUCAGCUGCUGCUGAUGAAAGUUGAAAUAUUGAUUUUUUGGGGGCAGUUUGGUAGCAUUUCUUUUCUCUACUGUUCUUCGCAUUUAGCUACCUCAGCAACUAAGAUUUCUUUACUAGUUUCUGAUAACAAAUACUAUAGAGGGUCCUGAAACAACACAAAUGUUUUUAGAAUAUAAAUAUAAAGCAGCAUGCAAGCAGCUGAAGAAAUUUAUGUUUGUUCUUUGAUUAACAGUGAAGUAAUGGUGAAACAGUGUAAAGAAAUGUGUUACAUUCUAGCCUCUGUCUGCUCACAUUUAAGUUUUUGAAAGUUUGAAUAUGAAUGAUUGCCUUCAUUUACAACGUGGACCAGAAGGAAAUGAGUUUGUAACGGUGUUUCUUUUGUGUUUGCAGUGACAGUAAGUGUUUAUAUAACACUAACUGUUUAUCGUGAAUAGAAUGUGCCAUUCAAGACUUUAACUCAAAUGUGUUAUAAAAGUAUCCAAGCUGUUAAGUACUUGUUGAAAGACCCAUUUUGCUUGAAGAGGACUGUUUUCAUACGACUUACAAAUGUAUGAUUUGUGUUUACUUGAUUUUUGUACAAGUGUACACAUGUGCUAGCAUUACUAACUAAUCUGUACAUAAGAUCACUUGGUGGCUAGGCUCUGUGUGCCUAAUUAUUUAUUGCUUUGAAAUAGAGGUGUAAAAUAAGCUUAUUAGUCAAAUGAAGGUCAUGUUACUGUAAAUUAUGUUAUAAUGUAUAGAUGCAAGUAGAAUUUUAAGGUUUAAAAAAGCAUUUGAUAGGAUUGUAUGUACUUUGUAGUAAUUUGAAGAGAGUUAAUACUGCACAUAACUGCCAAAAAAGAAUCAAAUGAAAAUCAAAAGUUGCCUCAGUAUUUUUGGAAAGAAUGUUUCAUGUAUGGAAAAAUAUGACCCAAGAGACUGUUUUCAGAAACAGUGCAGAUGUUAUUUUAAUGAAAAGUCUACUAGUCAUAAAUAUGGUUGAUUAGUUAUUACUGAAAAUUAUUAAAUUAGUCUUAUGUUACAGUCUUGAUGUUUUGUGAUCUCAGAAUCUUUCAAAGUUUUCCAGACUGGAACUUACCUGAUGAGUUUUGUGUAUUAAUGAGUGUCUGGUAGGAAAUAAAUCUAUAAAACUGUGUGAAAGGGCCUUUUAAAAAUUAUUUAGUGUAAUAACUGUCAUUUCCUUUAAACAUAAAAUUACUAUCUGCUGUUAAACAUAAGCCACCACUCAUUCCAAUUCCAAAGCAGGAUUAUUUGAUGCUUUAUAGUUUUUACUUAUAAUUUUUAAUUUAAUUGUUAGUCCUACACAUACUUUCCGAGCCUCUUGUUUGGACACAAAAGUCAAGUGGUGUAUUUAACGUCAGUGCAAGUGGGGCAACACACUGAUGGGCUCCUCAUAUCGCAGGCUCCCAAAGUAAUACAAAAAAUUAUACAGUUCUAUACCUCUAAGUGAUCAGUACAGACGGGCCCUCUAAGAAAAUUGCAUCAAGUAGUUUGAAGUGUUAAAAACAUCUCUACAACAAUCUAAAACACAAGAAUGACCUAGUGGAAUUGCAUUCUUUGUUUUUUUAACAAUCAUCAUCUUGUUAAUCAGUACACUGUUACCUCUAGAGAAACCAUGUAUAUGUGCAACAUGUCAAGUAAGUAGAAGGAUGCAAUUAAUUACUGUUUAUAUCAGUAGGACUAACAAGUAUCUUUUGAAUCCUAAACUGACUAUUUGAAUAAAAUAAUUUACCAACAUAAUGAAUUUCUAACCAACUAAACAGAGGAAAGAAAGACUGGUGUAUUGCAUCCUUUUAUCAUGUUCUUUUGAUAGCUUUGUCAUAUGAGUUGAGUAGUAAUACAUUUUUGUCUUAAAAUAUUUUGUUACAUUUGAAAUAAUGUGAUUUGUAACUAAGACAAGUAUUGUACUGCUAUUGAGAAAGCUAAAGGAAUGUAUACAAUAAAAAAAG